AUGAGUGCUAAUCCAUACGGACCAAAUCCAUCAGAUUAUUUAUCGAAUGUUGCCAAAUUCGAAAUUAUUGAAAGUACCUUAAGAGAAGGUGAACAAUUUGCUAAUGCUUUCUUCACUACUGAAAAAAAAAUUGAAAUUGCUAAAGCUUUAGAUGAUUUUGGUGUUGAUUAUAUUGAAUUAACUUCACCUGUUGCUUCAGAACAAAGUAGAAAAGAUUGUGAAGCUAUCUGUAAAUUAGGUUUAAAAGCCAAAAUUUUAACUCAUAUUAGAUGUCAUAUGGAUGAUGCUAGAGUUGCCGUUGAAACUGGUGUUGAUGGGGUUGAUGUUGUUAUUGGUACUUCACAAUAUUUAAGACAAUAUAGUCAUGGUAAAGAUAUGAAUUAUAUUGCUCAAAGUGCUAUUGAAGUUAUUGAAUUCGUUAAAUCUAAAGGUAUCGAAAUUAGAUUCUCAUCAGAAGAUUCUUUCAGAUCAGAUUUAGUUGAUUUAUUAAAUAUUUAUAAAACCGUCGAUAAAAUCGGUGUUAAUAGAGUUGGUAUUGCUGAUACUGUUGGAUGUGCUAACCCAAGACAAGUUUAUGAAUUAGUUAAAACUUUAAAAUCAGUUGUUAGUUGUGAUAUUGAAUGUCAUUUCCAUAAUGAUACUGGUUGUGCUAUAUCUAAUGCUUAUACUGCUUUAGAAGGUGGAGCUAAAUUAAUUGAUGUUUCCGUCUUAGGUAUUGGUGAAAGAAACGGUAUUACCCCAUUAGGUGGUUUAAUGGCUAGAAUGAUAACUGCUGAUAGAGAUUAUGUGUUAUCAAAAUAUAAAUUACAUAAAUUGAGAGAUUUAGAAAACUUGGUUGCUGAUGCCGUUCAAGUUAAUAUUCCUUUCAAUAAUCCAAUUACUGGAUUUUGUGCAUUUACCCAUAAAGCUGGUAUUCAUGCUAAAGCUAUUUUAGCCAAUCCUUCAACUUAUGAAAUUUUAAAUCCUUCAGAUUUUGGUUUAACUAGAUAUAUUCAUUUCGCUAAUAGAUUAACUGGUUGGAAUGCUAUCAAAUCAAGAGUUGAACAAUUGAACUUACAUUUAACUGAUGAUCAAAUUAAAGAAGUUACUAACAAAAUUAAAAUCUUGGGGGAUGUAAGACAAUUAAAUAUUGAUGAUGUUGAUUCCAUAAUUAAAGAUUUCCAUUCUGAUUUAGAAGAUCCAAAAACUGAUGAACCAGAAGCUAAAAAACAAAAAGUAGAAAACUAA